AUGAUACCAAAUCAACAUCUUAUUGCAGCACUAUUGAUGGCUUUAUUCAGCCAUAUAACUUGUGUAUCAACUGAUAAUUGCAGGGAAUUGCGGACUCCUCUUUCCAUUGAGGAGGUCAACUCAUCCAACAACAUCUAUAUUGGUCCUCGUUGUCCUAUUACGGCUCACCAACAGGAAAUAGCAUCUGGAGAUCCUCACUGGCCUGCAACACUGAGUCUUGGAAGACAAAACAAAGCAGACACACAGGAGACUUCUGAUCAUCCACUACAAACUGAAGCAUUUAAGGGGAAGAAGAGGAUAUCCUCAGGUGAAUUGAAAAAAGCUUCCAUAGUCCAUCCCACUGAAUCAUAUAAACAGUCUCAUAAGCAUCGAAAAUCAAUUGAUCAAAUUGAAGAUGUUAACCCCAAUCAAGGAAUCAGAAUGCAUUCAGAUGGAAACUGGAAUCAUUUUGCUUCAAAUUUCCCCUUGGAUUUAUUCAAUACAGGCAAACAGAAAACUCCAAAGAAACCAUGUAUCAGUGGAAUAGUCUGUAAAGAUGACAACACACCCGCCACAUCUGGGAUAGAAGGAUUGAAAAUAUUGAGUGCUUCAUCAUCAAGUGAUACAACAAAUGUGCAGCAAAAAGAUGGAAAGAAAGGUAGUAGAUACCAGAAAUAUACCUUCAUUAACAAUGGCAAGACAGCACUUCUUCCCAACAAAAAAGUCCAGAAGAUAGGAGAGAGGUGGCAUGUAAUUCCAGAUAUUCAACAUAUUGUGACUCACUUGAAGAUUCAGGGGUUUCAAAUAGCCAUCAAUGCAGGUCUGCAUUUCAAAGGAGAAGUUAUGCAUCCUUGGUUUCAUGAACUCCAAAAAACCAUGCAAAAUAGACUGUCAUAUGUACCUGAAUUCCCCAAGGAAUCAAUUGAUAUAUCUUUGACUAUUUACAGAGCAUACAGAUAUCUAACUAUGCAGUUUUUAGCAAGUCUCCAUAUGAUUCAUGCAAGCAGGCCAGAUGACCUUGUUCAAUUAACUCAUGAUGGAUGGAAUUUCAUUUUAAAAUUCCUGGGAAGUUGGACACAAGUAGGCUGGAAAGAACUACAGAUUGAAGAAAUUGACACAUCAAGAUGUUGGGAGAUAUAUACACCUUCACAAAUUUUGAUUUAUUUAAUGAAGAUGGCCCCUAAAUCAAGAGUAUCAAUGUGUAUUGUUUGGAGUGUUUUCAAUAGCUGGUACCAAGUUUCUGAAUAUGGAAAUAAAAUGAAAGUUCAAAAUCUUCAAGAUUUUAUUACAAAGAUUCACUAUCAACUAGCAAAAUCAGACGUAUUCACAAAGUGGGAGGUAGAGCCUUCAGAUAUCUCUACCAUCUUGCAGUUAGGAAGCUCAAUUUCACAAAAAAGAGCAGAAAUAAUCAACAGAAAUAGGCCUUCAAAGCAAGAAUUAUGCAGGGAAAAUACUGUUAUGAAAAGCAAUCACUGUAAAAGAGUGGUUUCACUGAGUAAAGAAGUAGGAAAAAACAUUUUAAGUGCUCAGUCAAAGGAAGGGCUUUCACUUGAAUUUGUUACAGCUCAUUUUGAGCAGAUGAAACAGAAAAUUUCCCAGCAGCCUCAACAUUGGCAAGGGGAUUUUGAUUCAUUGAUGAAAAGGGUACUGGUUGAUAUUUUCCCUGGUUUCUUGGGCAUGAUUCAGAUUCUUUGUCCCAUUGAAACUGAAUAUAGCAAGAAAAAUCCUGCAGUGAUCAAUGGCUUCCAGUAUUUGAUGGAACUCCUUGAAGACUGGGGAGAAGAUGCAUUAGAAAGGGCAAGUCAGAUAAAAUUUAAAUGUGCCAAAACUCUUGAUCUGUAUGAUGAUGUAUCUGGUGUCCUAUUGGCCUACUUGAUGAAGCUAUGCUCUGGAAGAGGAAAGGAAGUUGCCUCAAAUAUAUUCUGGUUACUUUGGAAGGGGUGGGAUAGAUGGGAUGGCUCCAAGUCUGUUCCAAAGUUGAAAUUACAGAAACAACAGGACCUGAUUGGAAGUAUAGAGAAUUCACUCCAAUUGACAACACAAGGUUGA